UUGCCCAUAGUAUAGUUUGGCGUAUGUAUACGCUAAAUUAACAGGUGGUACCGGUCGUUUACACACGCCGACUUGAAGAGGGGUAUAUUCGGGAUUCGACCUAUUCUUGAGCCGUCAGCAGCGCCAAUGGAAAACCUAGUUCGCUCCUCAUAGAGACGGUAGCCUCAAACAAAGCUUCUUCUUUAACAAAAUUUCUCCCGAUAACGUUACAAAUCUUUAAUGGGGACGCCAGAGACUUCUCGCGAACCUUGUCCGGACCGUAUUUUGGAUGACAUCGGCGGCGCGUUUGGUAUGGGGGCGGUCGGCGGCUCUGCCUUCCACCUCAUAAAAGGCGUCUACAACUCUCCCAGCGGGGCACGUCUCAUCGGCGGCACCCAAGCCGUGCGGAUGAACGCGCCUCGUGUGGGUGGAAGCUUCGCCGUUUGGGGUGGCCUGUUUUCGGCCUUCGAUUGCACGAUGGUAUACGUCCGCCAGAAGGAGGACCCCUGGAACUCCAUCUUUGCUGGCGCUGCCACAGGCGGCUUUCUUUCUAUGCGACAAGGUCUGGGCGCUUCGGCUCGCGCCGCUGUUUUCGGUGGGAUUCUCCUCGCUUUGAUUGAAGGAGCUGGGAUCAUGCUCAAUAAGGUAAUGAGUGCUCAACAGAACAUGCCUAUCAUGAUUGACGAAUCAGUACCUGCUAUGGCUGGUGGACCUGGAUUCCCAAUGGGCCUUCCAGGCCAGUCUCAGUCCCAACCCCAGUCCGUGCAAGAGACGGCGUCGGCGAGUGGAUCUGAGUCUGGUUCAUGGUUCGGUGGUUGGUUUGGUGGAGGGAAGAAGGAAUCUGCGGGAAGUAGCGGAAGCAAGACGGAGAUUUUGGAGAGUUUUGAUGCCCCACCAGUGCCAAAUUUUGAAUAUAAAUGAAAAAUUAAGGUCCAAUUCUAGAGCCUUUUUUUUAUAUUAAUUUUUUAGGUGGCAUUGUAUUGAUUUUGUAGCUGGUGGGUCUUUGGAGAACCAAACAUGAUGAACCCUAAAAUUUUCCUUUCUAAUUUUCGCUUCUCUUCCUUUUCCUUCGCUUGAUUAGUUAUAACAUGUAGCAAUAUCAAUGUAUAAUAAACUUCAUCCGCAAUUUGGUGUGCAUUGAAUUGAUUUUUGGGUGGUUAAUUUGGUGA